UGUGCGCUUGUCCCUGACCGUUGAAUUUAUUUGUGACAUACCCUAUUUGUGACGUGAAGUGUAAGUUUGACAACCCUAACGGUUAAAGUGACUUGUGUUUGUGCCAUUUGGAAUUUUAGUGUUUUAUUGAUAUGAAUGCGCGCGAGAAACAAUGCAGUUAAAAGCAUUGAUCGCGAACCACGCCAUGAGUGUACAGAAGCUUUAGUGUCAACGCGAUAGAAAAGAAAAAGAAAGAUGUCGCUAAACGCAAGCGUGGGUUAAAAAAGAUAAAAUGGCAAACAAAAGUUUCGGCAACGAGGUGGUCGGCUUUAUCCUGGCGGUGGCAUUUUGUGUCACUUGCCCAGAAUACGUAUCGUCCGCCCAAAGAGAGUUAGGUAAAGGUACUAAUACCUCAGCUACCGCGCCACCUGCCGCCGACAAUGCGAUACGCGGCGCACUGGAGACACCCAGGCCCACACCGAGGAGUGGGCCAUACUUUGACCUGGCCUUCUCAAAGAAUGUCACUGCGCUACUCGGCAAAACCGCCUACCUGAACUGUCGAGUCAAGAAUUUAGGAAAUAAAACCCUCAAUAUGCAGGUAUCAUGGGUGCGACAUAGAGAUAUCCAUCUUCUGACAGUUGGUAGAUACACAUACACCAGCGAUCAGCGAUUUCGAGCGAUACAUUUACCGCACUCAGAAGACUGGACUUUACAGAUAAAAUACCCGCAGCACAGGGACUCGGGAAUCUAUGAAUGUCAGAUAUCAACGACUCCACACAUGAGCCAUUUCAUACAUCUAAAUGUCGUUGAGCCAACGACGGAGAUAAUUGGCGGACCGGAGCUGUAUAUUGAUCGGGGCAGCACUAUAAACUUAACAUGCGUAGUGCUCUACUCUCCUGAACCACCAGCGUAUAUUUUUUGGAACCAUAACGAUGCGAUAAUAAGCUAUGACUCGCCGAGAGGUGGCGUGUCAGUUGUGACGGAGAAAGGUGAGACGACAACAUCGUUCCUUCUCAUUCAGCAGGCGAGGCCUUCUGACUCGGGGACCUAUCAGUGUAACCCCAGCAAUGCCCAGUCGAAGAGCGUGGUGGUGCACGUACUAAAUGAAGCAAAUUCUAUUUUUCCUCUAUCAGGUGAGUACCCAGCGGCGAUGCAGCGUGGAGGAGAAGCAUUUUCGCCGCACACCCACUGUAUUCUACUUGCUGCCAUGCUUCUCUUAGCCGUGUCUUGACAUCAAAUGGUUAGAGGUUUGUAAAUAAGUACCUAAUAGCCAUGCUGACCUUUAAUUAUUAACUUUAACAUCUUUGUUUCUUUGUUUUAUUCCAUAUUUGUUUGGCCUAUAAGCCAAUAUAGGCUAAGGACUGAAUAAGCAUUUAUUUUAUUUUACAUGAUAUCUGUAUCUAACCUGUGUUCUAAAUGCCAGUUUUGAUUGUGAUGAAUCGUAUAUUCUUCUAUUGUAAGCAUUUGUGACAGUCGUUCUCUUCAAUAGAAAAAAUUACGUUUGUUGAUAGCAAAACUAUAUUUAUAAACAUUUCAAUUACAGAUGCUUCGUUGACUUAUUUAGUACUUUUCUAAUGCUGUGAAUACUUAAAGGUCAGUACCGCCAAUCUUAUAUUUAUGCUAUUUAAUAGUGUGGGUUGUGUUAUGUACCAUACAUAUAAUUAACUCUCCGAGCAAGUAGCAAAAGCGCUUGUUACGUAGAAUUGUAAAUAUCUAUUCUCAAUUUUUGUGUCUAAAGUUUUCGUGUUUUCAACCAGUCCUUUAUAUUUUAUAUAUAAUGAGACAACAUCGUAUAUAAUAUUUACAUUUUAUUUUUAAUUAAAAACUUAAGGAAAAACACAAACAUUAUAUAAUUUUAUUGAUGAAAAUCUUUAGAUUUUAGUAUGUUAAUAUUAAACGAUGUUGCCUCUCUCAUAUUGUUACAAAUGAAAUCGUAGAUUUUAACGAAUGUAUGAUUAGAGUACACCGGAAAAGCAGCUGACAAUACUAUGAUAACAGAAAGAGAAUGUGUAUGUACAUACUAUAUGUU